CCAAUAUUUGUUACAUUUUUGAACGUGUAAUAAAUAGGUUUUUGGCAUUCUUUAUUCAGCUACGAGUUAUAUACUCGCUGUGUUUUCUCAAUCUCUUCCAAUCCAGACGUUACAAUAACAGCGUGACUUCGUAAGCAACUUUACUUGCUUUGUUUGAAUCCGUCAGACAAAGGGGACUUAUGAUUUGGUGAUUCGUUUCGGCUUAUGAAGAUCGCCUGAAAUAUCGUUAUAUUUGAAAAUUUUUGCCAAUUGCUAAGGGACUGUAUCAUAUCUCAAGGACUUCAAACCAUUCAAGCAGCAGAUUAUAUAUCAAACGAAAGCAGAAGAACGCUGGCCAAUGAAACGACGAAAGAUGAUGCUUCAAAAAAACGCAUUGAUGAUUGCACCAUCGUACAGUGCUUUGGAUAAGGAGAACAGGCUAACAGCAAACGAGAUUGACGUCCAGGCCAUGAAAAAUGCUUUGACUACAAAAUUCGAUUUUCAAGAUGAACAUAUCAAGGUAUUACAGGAAGAUCAAGCGAACAAAGAUAACAUUCUAGUAGAAAUCGAAAAGCUCGCCAAGUCAUGCGAGCCCCGUAGUGUCGUCUUUCUGUAUUAUUCUGGUCAUGGUGUAUACCUUCCAGAUUCACAGGAUGAAGGGCUGGUUCCUACUCUUCUCAAAUGGCCAAUAGACAAACCAGCAGAGGAAGUGUGUAUCACUGGACAAGACCUGCUACCUUUCUUUGAAGCAUUAAGCAAAAAAAGUGUUUAUUGUACAGUGAUAUUCGACUGCUGUCACUCUGGUCACCUAUAUCGAGAAUUUAAAGAAUUAGAAGGAUUGAAAAUAAAACAGUUUGUUCUAGAACCAACAACAUCCGAACAUAAGCGCUACACCAAGGCUAAUCGAGGGGGAUGGUUGCCUAAAAAAAAGGAUUAUUUCUUCUACUUUGCGGCAUGUUCUUCGGUCCAGAAAGCACUAGAAUUGAGGGAGAAAGGCGGACUCCUGACCUUAGCGAUUCUCGACGUAUUAGACAAACUCCAAUCUCCUGAUCAGGUCACUUAUGAAGCAUUCUUCAGACUUCUGAUGAAAGAGUUUAAGAUCUUAAAGAAGACUCUACUGGAUAAAGUUGAUCAGAUUCCUCAGUUUGAAGCAGUGAAUUCCAAUACAGUGUUACUUGGAAAUGUUUCAGUCCAGCAGAUCGACGGAGGAAUCGAAAUUUGUGAUAUUGACAAUGAUAAAGCCGUUCUUAAUUCUGGGUUUCUGCAAAACCUAAGGGCAGGGCAGUACUUCGUCUAUGAGACAACUGCAUCAGCGGACAGCAUUAAUCUAAAAAAUAAGUCUCCAGACUAUUUGGGAACCAUUGAGGUCAACGAAGGAAAUAUUGAUAUUGYUCAGGCGUUUGGCUCAUAUAGUCUUCAUGAUAAUGCCCGCAAGAUUACGCCUGGGUGUCUUGCAUAUCUUGAAGUGCCAAUGACCAUCAAUCAUUGCGUGUAUGUGUGUCCUGACGAUGCGAGAACACUUCUUAUUAAAGAACUAAAUGAUACUCACAUGUUGAACAUAUUCACGGAAUAUGAUGAGCAAAUAGAGUCCAACCCAGACAUGAUUACUAUAACACGCGAGACCAUUGAAAGCAAAUCAUGCUGGGUUGCUCGUCAAAUGCGAAAGAUAUUCGUACCACCGAUCAGUGUUGGCGUCGGCAAUGAAAGUACUAUGGCUGCAAACCUAUGUCGAUAUAUAAGAUACCACGAGGUCUUGAACAGGGCAAAAUCGCCGACUGACGAUGAAGACUUGCUCAAAGACGUAACACUUAAGGUUGUGAAAGCAGAAAAUUUGCAAUAUGUACAACAUAAAAAGAAUGAAGUGCUCGAGGAAAAACUGAAGGAAGGCAUUGACAUUACUGAAGUUAAUGAUCAAAUUUUCCGGCCCCAUGAAGUCGACGUCUUUAAUAAGCUAAAACGAGGCACAGGAGACUCCCUUAUAUGGCAAGUAAAAAACGGCAAGGAGGAUAGAGAAGACAUUGUGCACAUAUGUGUCAUCUUGUUUCAGUGCGAUGGGGAAAUUGAAGUCCUUUAUCCGAAGAAAAAAUGUUGCACGGUUGAGCUCGCUGGAGGUGGUACUUUUGAAGCCGGCGUUGUGAGUCCAUUUAUCAAUCAAAGUGGCCUAAGGAGAAUGGCGGAGCCAGAUCCCACAAAAAACGAACCCGAAACGAUCAUGGAUACCUUGGUCUUGUAUGCAAGCAGCAAACCAUUGGAUUAUGGGCCACUUUUACAGUCAGCUAUACAGACAGACCCUGAGCUUUUAUCAAAGGCUCCGCGUGCAGAUUCGAAACCUUUAAGCAAUUUGGAGACGUUUUUAAAGUGCUUGAAGACUACGAGUCCUGCAAAUGAUAGAGACCUGAAGGACGCUGAAGACACAAUAGAUAUGAAGUACAUGAUCAAGAAAGUACCGAUCUACACUUACACAAAAAACCGAUAAUCACCUUGAACACUAUCCUGUGAAUUAUCUUAAAAACGGAAUAACGGUACAUGAAAUGUUAUAACUCGUCAUGGUCGAUAUGCACAGGAUAUGAGGCAAUGCGCAAUUUUUAUCAGGAGUAGGGGCGGGCGAGGUUGAGAAAUGAGCCAAAAAAAAGCAAGAAAGUUAAUUACGUCCCCCCUCGCAAACGAAAUAAAUUACGCCCUCCCCCGUGAAUUUAUUUAUUUAUUACUCGUGAUUAAAAAGUUAUCGCAAAUCGUGGCGCGCCUUUCUUGAGAACUUUUCCACUUCAACAAGUAUUUGGCCAAAAAGCACAGAAUCCGACAACGUUGAUUUUUCAGGUUCAAAUUUAAGUUCUAGUUAAUUUUAGACAAUUGCCGGUGCCCCCCUAUUUAAGCACAAAAAAUUMGAUUUUGCAUCCCCCCUCUCUGCAUUCUCAACCCCCUCAACUGAUAAAUAUUGCGCGCAGUCCCUGCAGCAUGAAGAGUGGGCUUCCCUUAACCCGUAAACGAAAGUGCAAUAAUCAAAGAGCGAAAAAAGUGUGAAACUCUGAAAAGAGAUAAAAACGUGCACUAUUUAGAGUAAUAAAUAAAUGUUUUGUACGCCAAAGUGUGUUUCACAGGUUAAUGAAAACAGGCAAAUAUUGCAACCAAAUAUUGCAACCGCAGUAUCAUGUAAAUUACAUAAUGGAAAACAAAGGAGCUCGCAUUACACGCCUUAUUCCCGUUCAAAGAGAGAUACCGCUGCAAUAGUACACAACAAACUCACUUGAGCAAAGACUUAACCAAACAAAGAAAGCGCGAAAAAUAUACAAUCUCUCUGAUUUGAGUCUUAGCCUGUAUUCCAAGAAGGCUUAUACUCUAGGUCUUGUGGAAAUACAGCCUUAGACAUAAAUCGGAGAACUGAGAUUCAAAUUUCUAGGGCCAUUUAAUUGUAAUGUCGACAUGUUUUCAUGCUUUCUUUUAGAGACGGUAAGUUCUCUGUUGUGAGUCUGUUGUCUACUAAAUCAGCGGUCGCUCGCUUGAACGGGGAAAUGGCUUAUUGUUGUAUUAUGCCAUUGCCUAACACCGAAAAUGUACAGUUUACCCCUACCACAGCAAAGACCACGUGAAGCGCUCGAAGGAGAGCUAAAAUUGGUUUUUUGCUGCAAUUUCUUAAAAAAAAUGAAAAAAAA